AUGAGUGUUCCGAUGGAUAUUUCCAUGCCAAAUCCCACUGAUUGCAACAUUAUCGAAGAAAACGCCGUCGUUUCUGAGCUACCACUUGCUGUGGCAGCCUCCACGCCUCCAACAUUUAACGAGGAUAAAGUCCAGGUUUCAGUUGAAGUUUGCUUAAAACCCUCCAGCACUGCACGCAUUGAGGAUGUCCGCUUAGCCGUGGAAAGAAUGCUGGAAAAGAGAAGCAUGAGCUAUGUUGAUGGUACUAUUCCAAUUCCACUUGAUGAUUCCUUACUUGUAGACAAUGUUCAGCGGAUAUGCAUAUGUGAUACAGAUGUUUGGGUGGAAAAACAUGAUAUUCUAUUAUUCUGGCAAGUCAAACCUGUGGUGAAUGUGUUUCAGCUGAGUGAGGAUGGUCCAUGUGAAGAAUUAAGUGGGGAUGGCCAAGAUUGUAGCUUCAAUGAAUGGAUACUUCCUGCUAAGGAAUUUGAUGGCAUGUGGGAAAGCUUAGUUUAUGAAUCCGGUCUCAAGCAGAGGUUAUUGCGAUAUGCAGCAAGCGCUUUGCUUUUUACUGAAAAGGGUGUCAAUCCUUUCCUUGUAUCUUGGAACCGCAUUAUUCUUCUUCAUGGGCCUCCAGGAACAGGCAAGACAUCUUUAUGCAAAGCACUGGCACAAAAACUCUCAAUACGCUUUAGCUCCAGAUAUCCACAAUCCCAGUUGAUCGAGGUCAAUGCACAUUCCUUGUUCAGUAAAUGGUUUUCAGAGAGUGGCAAGCUGGUUGCAAAACUUUUCUCAAAGAUUCAGGAAAUGGUGGAGGAAGAAAACAAUCUGGUAUUUGUCCUAAUUGAUGAAGUUGAAAGCCUUGCUGCUGCUAGGAAGGCUGCUUUGUCUGGAUCUGAACCUUCAGAUUCUAUAAGGGUUGUCAAUGCCCUCCUGACCCAGAUGGACAAAUUGAAAUCCUCACCCAAUGUAAUAAUAUUAACAACAUCUAACAUUACUGCUGCUAUCGAUAUAGCUUUUGUCGACCGAGCAGAUAUUAAGGCUUAUGUGGGACCUCCAACUCUCCAGGCACGUUAUGAAAUAUUGAGAUCCUGCUUGCAAGAGCUCUUACGAACUGGAAUCUUAUCGAAUUCUCAAGUUCAGGAUGGUGAUAGCCUCGUUCUUCCAAAUUUUGUUACUUUGAAAGAGAAGUUAAAUUCCCCGGAAAUAACCGAGUUUGCAGCCCCAUUAAAUCUUGGUAAACAUUUGCUAGAAGCUGCAGAAGCGUGUGAGGGCUUGAGCGGGAGAUCGCUCAGGAAGCUUCCAUUUUUGACACACUCCGCCCUUUCAAAUCCUUGUGGUUGUGAACCGGAUAAAUUCUUGAGUACAAUGAUGACGACAGCUAAACGAGAGCGCUCUGAGUUACCAGACUGA